AUGGCUACUCCUGCUCGCUUUGGGCGGCACUCUUCUUUUCUUCUGACUCGGCGUUGUGUAUCUGUGUCCCAGUCGGCCAGCCGCUCACUAUCAACACAAUCGAUAACAACGACGCGGACACCACAUCUGACCUUGCAGAAGAAGCCACAAUGGCAGCAGACAAAAAAGUUCUCACGAUCUAUGAGGAGACACGCCGCAGUACAAUCCGCGCCCAGCGCCGAGGCGUACCUUGCAAGUGGAGCUGUUGAGCCUGGCAAAAAUCUGGUAGAUGUGAAGAAGGUGCUGGUCAUUGGCAGCGGAGGUCUCAGUAUUGGGCAGGCCGGAGAGUUCGAUUAUUCAGGAUCGCAAGCGCUCAAAGCACUGAAAGAAGCUGGGGUCGCAUCUGUCCUUAUCAACCCGAACAUCGCAACAAUACAAACCGAUCACAAACUUGCGAACGAGGUCUACUACCUUCCAGUCACCCCGGAAUAUGUCACAUAUGUGAUCGAGAGGGAGAAGCCAGAUGGUAUUCUUCUUACCUUUGGGGGUCAGACGGGGUUGAAUCUGGGCGUAAAGAUGAAUCGGAUGGGGAUCUUCGAGAGAUAUGGCGUCAAAGUUCUGGGGACGAGUAUCCGAACAUUGGAGGUCAGCGAAGAUCGAGAUUUGUUCGCAAAAGCACUGAAAGAGAUUGAUAUACCCAUCGCCGAGUCGAUCGCUGUCGGCACAGUCGAUGAAGCACUAGAAGCUGCAGAGAUAGUCGGCUAUCCUAUCAUUGUCCGUUCGGCCUAUGCGCUUGGAGGAUUAGGUUCGGGCUUCGCAAACAAUGCUGAAGAACUGAGCAAUCUGUCAUCGAGAUCUCUGACACUCUCCCCCCAAAUACUGGUGGAAAAGUCUUUAAAAGGAUGGAAGGAAGUGGAGUAUGAAGUGGUAAGAGACGCAGACAACAAUUGUAUAACGGUGUGUAACAUGGAGAACUUCGAUCCGCUAGGAAUCCAUACUGGCGACAGUAUAGUGGUAGCACCCAGUCAAACGCUAAGUGACGAGGAAUACCAUAUGCUCCGCACCGCAGCAAUCAAGAUUGUUCGUCACCUAGGAGUUGUGGGUGAGUGCAAUGUUCAGUACGCCCUACAGCCUGAUGGCCUCGAUUAUCGGGUGAUAGAGGUCAAUGCCCGUCUCUCUCGAUCCUCUGCUCUUGCUUCCAAGGCGACUGGUUAUCCUCUUGCAUACACAGCAGCUAAGAUUGGCCUUGGCCACACCCUUCCGGAACUGCCAAACGCAGUCACCAAGACUACCACGGCAAACUUUGAGCCCAGUCUUGACUAUAUCGUAACGAAGAUUCCACGGUGGGACCUGGCAAAAUUUCAGCACGUCAAGCGAGAUAUUGGAAGUGCAAUGAAGUCUGUUGGUGAGGUUAUGGCCAUCGGCCGUACGUUUGAGGAGUCUUUCCAGAAAGCAAUCCGACAAGUGGACCCAAAGUACAUUGGUUUUCAGGGCGACAAAUUCGACGAUCUGGAUGAGACGCUUAAGAACCCUACCGAUCGAAGAUGGCUCGCCGUGGGUCAGGCCAUGCUACAUGAAGACUACUCGGUUGAUAGAGUGCAUGAGUUGACCAAAAUUGAUAAGUGGUUCUUGUACAAGCUCCAAAAUCUUGUGGACUGCCAGCGUGAGAUGGAAGAAAUUGGUUCGCUGUUUGGCAUCAAACAUGAGCUUAUGUCCAAAGCCAAGAAGAUGGGAUUCUCUGACAAGCAGAUCGCGCUUGCUGUUGGCAGCACUGAAGAUGAAGUUCGCGCUCGACGAAAAUCCUUCGGCAUUCGACCGUGGGUCAAGAAGAUUGACACCCUUGCGGCUGAGUUCCCGGCUGACACAAACUAUUUGUAUACCACAUACAAUGCCACUUCUCAUGAUGUAACAUUCGACGACCAUGGCACCAUUAUCCUUGGGUCGGGUGUCUACCGCAUAGGUUCUUCUGUGGAAUUCGAUUGGUGUGCUGUUAACGCUACACUUUCACUACGAAAAAUGGGCAAAAAGACAGUGAUGAUCAAUUACAACCCGGAGACCUACUCUACCGAUUUUGACACUGCAGACAAAUUGUAUUUUGAGGAGCUUUCAUACGAAAGGGUCAUGGAUAUUUACGAACUAGAGUCUGCGGUGGGGGUAGUAGUGAGCGUGGGAGGUCAACUUCCACAAAACAUUGCCCUCCGGCUCCAAGAAACUGGCGGAGCAAAGAUCCUCGGCACAGAUCCCAAAGACAUUGACAAAGCGGAAGACCGUCACAAAUUCUCGCAAAUCCUUGACUCCAUUGGUGUCGAUCAGCCAGCCUGGAAAGAGCUCUCGUCAGUCAACGAAGCGGAAUCAUUCGCGGCUGAAGUCGGCUACCCCGUACUCGUGCGACCAUCUUAUGUCCUCUCUGGCGCAGCCAUGUCAGUCAUUAAUUCCCAAGAUGAACUGAAAGAUAAAUUGAUCUCUGCCUCCGCCGUCUCCCCCGAUCAUCCUGUUGUCAUCACCAAAUUCAUCGAGGGUGCCCAAGAGAUUGACGUUGACGCAGUUGCCUCGAAUGGGAAGCUUAUCCUCCACGCUGUCUCCGAGCCCGUCGAAGCCGCCGGCGUCCACUCCGGAGACGCGACCUUAGUCCUCCCCCCAGCCAAUCUCAGCCCUGAGAUCGUAUCCCGCGUAAAAGAAAUCGCCGGGAAGGUUGCCAAAGCAUGGAACAUCACCGGUCCAUUCAACAUGCAAAUCAUCAAAGCCGACGCCCCCAAUCAAGAAGAACCGGCCGCACUCAAAGUAAUAGAGUGCAACCUCCGCGCCUCGCGCUCCUUUCCCUUCGUCUCCAAAGUCCUCGGUACAAACUUCAUUGAUGUCGCCACCAAAGCCCUUGUCGGCCGCGACGUGCCCGAACCUGUUGAUCUGAUGGCGCAAAGUCGUGACUAUCUAGCAACCAAAGUCCCGCAGUUCAGCUGGACCCGUCUCGCGGGCGCAGAUCCAUUCCUAGGCGUGGAAAUGAGCUCCACAGGGGAAAUUGCCAGUUUCGGCAAAGACCUUACAGAAGCAUACUGGGCGUCGCUCCAAUCAACCAUGAAUUUCCGAGUGCCGGAGCCCGGCGAGGGGAUCCUUCUCGGCGGCUCUACCGAACUGCCCGAACUACCCCAGAUUGUGACUUAUCUGCAGCCGCUCGGGUAUAAAUUCUUCGCCGCGAGUGCGGACGUCAAACGACAUCUCGAGCAAGGUGGAGAUGGAAAGGUCGAAAUCGAAGUGAUCGAAUUCCCCACCACGGAUAAGAAUGCGCUCAGAAAAGUAUUCCAGAAGUACGAUAUUAGGGGCGUGUUUAAUAUUGCGAAAUCUAGGGCCAAGACGUUGCUCGAUGAGGAUUAUGUCAUGAGGAGGAAUGCGGUCGAUUUCGGCGUGCCGCUUUUUAUGGAGCCCAAGACUGCUCUCCUCUUCGCACAAUGCAUGAACGCCAGAUUGCCGAGAAAGGAAGGCAUCCCGCCCGAGGUUAGGUCCUGGUCGGAGUUUUGCGGCCGGAAGAUGAUGUGA